AGGAAGCGGCGCCGUAGCCCGCAGCGCCAGCCUCAUACGGGCCCAGAUGUGAGUCGGAUGGAGACGCCUCCGGGGGACCCUCGUCGGCACCGCCUGCUCGUGGGGAAGGAGGCGGCGGCGGAGGAGGAGGAGGGCGAGCCCCUCCUAGUGGCUGAACUGAAGCCUGGGCAGCCCCAGCCGUUCUACUGGAAAUCAACUUGUGAGACGUGGAGCGUGGCCUUCUCCCCAGACGGUGCUUGGUUCGCUUGGUCUCGGGGCCACUGUGUUGUCAAGCUGCUCCCUUGGCCUUUGGAGGAAUCUGAGCAGAGCUGCAAAGCCUGGGAGCGCAAGGGCCACUGUACCAAAGGUGAAGCCAGUGGUCGAGGAGGGGCAAAGGAGAAGACCUUGGAGUGCGGUCAGAUUGUCUGGGGCCUGGCCUUUAGCCCCUGGCUCCCUCCCAGCUCCAGAAAGCAUGCUCCCUGCUUGGUUCUUGCCACGGGACUAAAUGAUGGGCAGAUUAAAGUCUGGCAGGUGGAGACAGGGAGUUUGUUGUUCAACCUCUCGGGGCACCUGGAUGUUGUGAGGGACCUGAGCUUUGCGCCUGGCGAGAGCUGCUCCAUCCUUGUCUCUGCUUCCCGAGACAAAACCCUGCGGGUCUGGGACCUGAGUCAGAAUGGAAGACAACUCCAGGUGCUGUCUGGCCACAUGCAGUGGGUCUACUGCUGCUGCAUCUCCGCCCUCCUGUGGAGUAUGCACUCCUACAGCCUCCUGAGGAAGCUGGAAGGGCACCAGGGCUGCGUCGUAUCGUGCGACUUCUCUCCUGACUCGGCGCUCCUUGCAACCGCCUCCUACGAUGCCUCUGUGAUCCUAUGGGACCCCUGCACAGGGGAGCAAAUGAGAUCCCUCUGCCACAUUCCAUUGCAGUCGUCGCUGGACCACAACAGUGACUACCACGCCAGCUCCUUGCGGUCUGUAUGCUUCUCCCCUGAAGGACUUUACCUUUCAACCGUGGCAGAUGACAGGCUGCUGAGGAUCUGGGCCUUGGAGCUGGGGAGCCCAGUUUCUUUUGCCCCUGUGAAGAAUGGACUCUGCUGCACUUACUUCCCACAUGGCGGAAUCAUUGCUACAGGGACAAGAGACGGUCACGUCCAAUUUUGGACUGCCCCCCAGGCUCUCUCUUCCCUCAAGCACCUGUGUCGUAAAUCUAUCCGGCGCUUCCUCUCGACUUACCAGGUCCUAGCACUGCCCAUCCCCAAAAAGGUGAAAGAGUUCCUCACCUACCGGACUUUGUGAAGCUGCUGUUUCUGAGCCACAGCUAGAUGUUCUACUGUGUGUUGGCUUCCUCUUUAGCCAGCAAGAGGCAGCUGCAGCCCAGAGACUCCAUGCUCGGCAAGACCGAAGAGGACAAAGCUUUUUUUUCCCUCUUGCAUGGUCUUGAAGGGUAAGAUAUCUUAAUGCUGGAAAAGAAGCUGCAGCAGUGUUGAUUACUAUGGCCUAGAUUGUUUUGGCACCAAGGAAGAAACGUGUAUCUUGCAGUGCAUUUGACUUGGGAAGUUCCCACCCAAGGAGGCAGUCUGAAGUUUCUCUGCAUGGAUUUGAAAUCAGUUAACUCUUGGAUACGGGGAGAAGAAAAUUUCAGGAUGCUUCUUCCACUGCAGGUAGGAUCCAUUGUUGCGACACAGGUGUUAAUCGACAAUGCGCAAAAUGCUGUUUCUGGUCUUUCCUGCCCGUAGAGAAGGCUGGAUCUGAAUCUGUCCCUGCAGCAGAAAAGAGACUGAACACAAGAUCCUCGCUACUUGAAAACAUGCUGGACUUCAGUGGCCUUUACAGAAAUCCAUACCUCAGAGCCAUAGUUGUUGAGCUCAGAACAAAGAGCAGCCUCUACCCUCCCCAGAGAUCUUUAUAUGGUCCCAAGGUCUCCGUAUGUCAUUACAGGGCAGCUUUCUUCUUCGGGGCAGGGGAGUCAAGGCUAAAAUAUGGGGGUUGAGACUUCUGUCACAAUCUACCUUUGUUUCAAGAGGAUACAUUCAGCUGUGAAAUCAAGAUUUACUGUCGAGUAACAUUGAUGAGUACUUUUAAAAAAAAGAAUCAAGCCUUAGGCUCCUGUAGAAUGUGCAAUGAGGCAAAAGCUUCAACUUAAAACGCAACACUAGGGAGUUCUUCCCUCUGCAUGCCCACCAGGCUUGUGAACAGGAGCUAAUGAAGGAAGCUUGAAUGUUAUAGCAAUAGCGAUAGGAGUACUGCUUGCUGGAGUUUAGGAACCAUGGGCCUAAACUGGGAUGCACAUUUCGAAUAUGGGUUCAUCUGUUCCACAGUGCUUUCAGUGUGAUAUGCAACUUUUCGUGCGAAAAAUGUUAUUUUUUACACUACUGGAGUUGAAUCAGGGCACAAA